AUGUCUCCCAACUCUAAGCCUAAAGUUGCCAUCGUAAUUUAUUCCAUGUACGGGCAUAUAUUAAAGAUGGCCGAGAGCGUCAAAGAAGGGAUUGUAUCAAAAGGUGGCGAGGCCGAUAUAUAUCAAGUCCAAGAAACGCUCUCGGACGAAAUCUUGACCAAGAUGUCUGCGCCUCCCAAGUCUAACUACCCUAUUGCAACCCCAGAAACGUUGACGAAAUACGGCGCCUUCAUCUUCGGAAUACCUACUCGGUAUGGAAACAUGCCCGCUCAGCUAAAGACUUUUUGGGAUGCAACCGGAAAGCUAUGGGCACAAGGAAGCCUUUCCGGAAAAUACGCAGGGGUGUUCGUUGGCACGUCAGGUCCUGGCGGAGGGCAAGAAAUGACGGUGCUCACGUUCAUGUCAACCUUGGUGCAUCACGGCAUGAUUUUUGUGCCGCUUGGGUACGCAACUGGAUAUGCGAAGAUGGUGUCCUUGGACGAAGUUCAUGGAGGAUCUCCUUGGGGAGCUGGAACAUUCGCGGGACCGGACGGAGCCCGUUUCCCCACUGAGCGCGAGCUCGAGAUUGCUAAACUCCAAGGGCAGGCGUUUUAUGAAGCUGUUUCCCGAGUCAAAGGCCUUUAG